AUGCACGUGGAGGCAACGGGCUUCAUCAACCUGCAGCUCUUCUGGGACAAGGACCAGAACAAGCGCGUUGUGUCGCCCUCGAACUACAUCAUUAUGUGGUCGAACAGGGAGAAGGGUGGCAAGUUGAGGUACACCAGCUCCCUGCUGACUCUGCGCCUGGUGGGCGAGCAGAAGCUGCCCGAAGGGUGGGAGGCCUUCGAGCUGCGCGCGUCCCGCGAGAAGGACGGCGGGGAGUACAUCGAGUUCGAGCUGCUGACGCUGCCCUCGGACUUGUCCAAGACGCCCCUGGCCAUCGUGGCAGGCCCGGUGCGGGUGAACGCCGACACGGAUCUCCGGGAGUUCAUGCGCAUCGAUAUGGGCAGACCCGUCCGCAUUCGCGAUCUCGCCCUCGACCUCGACUCGCAAGCCAUGUCGUCCAAGCAAGCCAUGGUUGCCUUGCCCGCCGCGGCCGCCGGCCUCGUCCUUUUGAACGGCCCCGGCUUCGUGGCUCCGCAGGCUGCUCAGGCGGCCCGCGUGACUCCGACCGUGGCGACCAUUGCGGGCCAAUCCAGUUCCGCCUCCUUCAGUGCCGCCGCAACCUGCGCCGCAGCUGCGGGCGCGACGGCCGUGGCGGGCGCUAAGGCUAGGCGCGGAAAGGUGGCCAGGAAGUAUGACAGCUUCAACUUCACCCCGGUGGUGUGCCAGAACAACGAGUACACCAACGACACGGGGUACCUGCCAGAUGGCACUCCCUUGAGCUCCGCCGGCAACAAGAUCAACCACCCCGAGCGCAACCAGCCGGAGCCGCCGGUGCAGGCCUACUCCGCGCAAGGCUCCUACGUGAACGACGUCGGGUACCUGCCGGAUGGCACCCCCAUCAACAUGGCGGGCAACGCGAUCAACCAUAUGCCGGCCUCUGCGCCCACUGCGCCCUACCGGGCGGAUGCCGGAUACGUGCCGGCAGCCGGCAACCAGGCCACUCCGCCCCCAGUUCCUUCAACGCCUCCGGCAGCAGCGGCCUACGUGGGAGCCGUGAGCGCGGGCCCCGAAGUGUCGCACGGGAUCUCCUUCCAGUACUCCUUCCAGAAGGACGCCUACGCGGACCUGGAGUUCCAGAACGACGUGGGCUACUUGGCCGAUGGCACGCCCAUGAACCGCGCGGGCAACGCGUUGAACCACCCCGAGACCAUCACGCCGGACCUGCACACGCCCGGAUCUCCGCUGCCCAGGGCCAACUUCACCAACUCCGUGGGGUACCUGCCGGACGGCACCCCGAUGCACGCGGCGGGCAACGCCAUCAACCACCCCGAGCGCAUGCAGCCGGACAUCCACGCGCCGGGCUCGCCUCUGCCCAAGUCGGUCUACGCCGCAGAUGUGGGGUACCUCAUGGACGGCACCCCCUUGAGCUUCGCGGGGAACAACUCCCUGAAGCCCGGCGCCCCAUCCUUCACUGGCGGCUCGGCGCAGACGGCCAACGCCCCCGGCACCUUCGCGUCGACCUCCACGGCGGCCAGCGGCGAUCGCCGCAUGCAGCCGGCGAGCUUUGCGUACUCCAUGCAGCGGGACGUCUACGCGGACUUGAGCUUCACCAACGAGGCGGGCUACCUGCCUGACGGCACCCCUCUGAACCGCGCGGGCAACGCGCUGAACCACCCGGAGACCAUCCAGCCGGACAGCCAUGCGCCAGGAUCCCCGCUGCCCAGGGCCAACUUCGUGAACGACGUGGGCUACCUGCCGGACGGCACCCCGAUGAACCUGGCCGGCAACGCCGUGAACCACCCCGAGACCAUCCAGGCCGACCCCCACUCCCCCGGGUCCCCGCUGCCCAAAUCCUCCUACGCCGCGGACGUGGGGUACCUGGUGGACGGCACACCGCUCAACGCGGCAGGGAACAACUCCAUCUAG